AGUAGAGAGAGGGGAGAGGAGAGGAGAGGGGGAGAGAGGGAGAGGGAGAGACACAAAGCAACACAUACCGUAGUAGCAACACUAGAAUUGAGGUCAGAGCAAGAAGAAUGUGUGAAUUUAUUCAUCAGGGGCAAAGACAUUGUGUCCUUACUGCCAUGAGGGUUGGUUAUUUGGGUUGUCUACACUCUACAGGAGUUGAGAGUAUUUCCCCUCAGAUCUUGCAGCAGGGACAACACAAAAGGUUAUGACACAGACUUUGUCCUCUCACGUCCCUUGGUCAGAGCAGCGCAGUGUAGAGGACUGUACGCAGUGACGGAGGACUGUACGCAGUGACAGCCAACAGACACCCAACAGAACUGUGUUCUUCCCAUACAGGCAACUUCAGAGAUAAUCAGCCUCUAAGAAAACUAUCAAUAUGGACUUCUUUAACGCCACCGCUGACCCAACCAUGCUAUCCCAUUACCUGCAACCCUCUCUCUCUCCCUCCUCUUCCCCGGGCCUCUCCGUCUCGCACCAGGUGGGCAUCAGCAUCCUGACCAUAGCCCUGGUGGUGGGUUUCCCUGGCAACCUCUUCGUGGUGUGGUCGGUGCUGUGCCGCGUGCGCCGGCGCUCCGUCACCUGCCUGCUGGUGUUCAACCUGGCGUUGGCCGACGUGCUGGUCCUGCUGACCGCGCCGCUCUUUCUGCGCUUCCUGACGGCGGGCGUGCAGGGCUGGGAGUUUGGCACCGCCACGUGCAAGAUCGUGCACUACCUCUGCGCCGUCAACAUGUACACCUCCAUCUACCUGAUCACCCUGAUGAGCGCCGACCGCUGGCUGGCCACCAGCAGGCCAUUCGUGGCACAGCGGCUGCGCACCAAGCGGGCACUACUUUCCAUCAUUCUGGCAUUUUGGGUGCUGGCCUUCAUUCUGGCACUGCCUAUGCCUUUCUACCGCAGCAACCUGCAGCUCUUCCGACACAAGAACAUCACCUCCUUCUUCUGCAUUCCUCACCACUGGGGCAGCGUAGACCAUCAGGUGUUCCAGUACCUGGUGGAGACGUUCAUGGGCUUCCUGCUGCCCUUCAGCCUCAUCGCCGGCUGCUACGCCUCCGUCUUCCGCCGCCUGCGCACGGCCAUGUUCAAGCGUCGCGGGCGGGGCAGCUUCCUCAUCCUCGCCAUCCUCGCCGCCUUCGCCCUCUUCUGGCUGCCGUACCACAUCGUCAACAUCCUGCAGGUGAUCGGACUGCUGACAGACACCGAGUGGGCGAUUGAUGCGGCGAAGGUGGCGCGUCCCAACGUGACGGCGUUUGCGUUCCUGAGCAGCAGCGUGAAUCCCGUGCUCUACGUGUUCGCUGGCAGCUCGCACAUUCGCAACGCGGGCCUGGGCUUCAUGGCGAAGAUGUUUGAGGGCACCUACUCCGACGCUCAGUCGCGCAGCACACGCACCAGCCGCAGCUCCGUGCCCGACGACACGUCCAUCUUCCGCAAGAUCACUCAAAAGAUGAGUGUGCGAGGAGGAGGAGUAGGAGGAGGAGGAGAGAGUGUCGCGGGUGGGGAGGAGGACACGAGGAAGACAGCCGAGCUGAAAAAUCUCAUGACAGUCGCAGAAUAAAAGGGAGAGGGAGUGUUUGUGUGUGUGAGGGAGAGAGAGAGAGAGACAGAGAAGGAGAGGAAGUGUGCGUUUGUGUGUGAGUGAGUGAGAGAGUGAGAUAGAGGGAGAGUGAGUGUUUGUGUGUGUCUGUGUGUGGGGCGGGCAGUGUGCAAAUAUGCUAAUAUUGCAAAAAAAAAUUGCAAAUCUUUGGAGAGUGAUUUUUUUUCUCUGGUUGAUUAUGUGUUGCGGUGUACUGUUUCUUCAUAUCCUUGUCUUGUGUAAGUUGUAUCAUUAUUAAAUGCUCUUGAUAGGA